ACCUCUUUGUGAACACACGGCCGCCUAAUACUCAUCAGUGUAACAGUUUUCUGCCGAAAUAUCGAGUAAUAAUUGCGUAAACAAGGAUAAUGAGAGUAGGUGGAGCCGGUAGGCGUCCGCACGCCCCUCUAACUUUUUUCUCGACGUCUGGGCGGCGCGAAGAACACGCCUCGAGACCCACGCGCUCGAACGCGUCCGCCAAACACGCUCUAUAGACAAGCCGACGGCACCGCGCCGACGGCCAGCCACCGACGUAAACAAACGUUUUAAUACGAUCAUGCGAAAAAGUGGUGAAACGAAUCGAAUACCUAAACCUCAGGCAGGACGGUGACAGAUCGAAUCGACCCAUUCGUCUAAUUAGCGUCGCUCCUAACGACCGUAAUCGGACGACUUAUCGCCGUUUUAAUUGACUUUCGAUGCGGAGUAAACGCUUUUUGCAACUAUGCGAAAAUUUUGAACGAUGCAUUCGAACCGGUUUUAAAAUAUCCGAAUGGAAUUGAGUGACCAAAUGACAUUUUGUGCUUCGAUCCGUAUCGUGUUUUGAGGCGAUAUUUUCGCGGGCGAUUUUAAAUGAUCAUCGUAAACGAUGAACCCUAAAAUAGAAGAUGUAGUGCUGCCAACAUGAAAAAACUGAAAGUUACUGUCGAUGAAAAACACAGAAUGCCCAAAACGCAUACGACAUCCAUAUAUUUUAUGCUGUUAUUAUUUUUCAAAAUGGCGAGUUCCAGAGAUAGCAUUCUCGCCCACCAGCUCAAGCUGAGCUCAAGCCUCACAUGCCGUCUCAUUGGCGGCUUAACCAGAGAACAGAGAACUGUGUGCCACGGGUCUCCUGACACAGCGGCCAUAGCUUUCGAAGGUCUACAAAUGGCGGUCAAGGAAUGUCAGCACCAAUUUCGAUGGCACAGAUGGAACUGCUCUAGUCUGUUAACAAAAAGUUCCAAUCCUCAUGCUAGUGGCAUUAUGAAAAGAGGUUUCCGUGAAACAGCAUUCCUAUACGCGUUGACAGCAGCGGGAGUGGCACACUCUAUUGCACGCGCCUGCGCACAAGGUCGCUUGCUCUCUUGUGGCUGCGACCCUCUCGGCUACCGUGCCUCCCAUGACCGAGGGCGAGCUAGAGCGAACAAGUGGGAGUGGAGCGGCUGCUCCCAUAACUUGGCAUAUGGUGUCGAAUUCUCGAAGAAGUUUCUGGACAUCCGAGAGCAAGUUGAUGAUCUGCAGUCGAAGAUAAACGUACAUAACAACAAUGCUGGGAGAUCUAUAUUAGCGUCGCAUAUGGAGGUACGCUGUAAAUGUCACGGUCUAUCCGGGAGCUGUCAAUUGCGAACGUGCUGGCGGGCCGCACCAGAUUUCAGGGUUGUGGCUUCGAGUAUCAAACGACAGUAUCGAAAGGCGCUUAUCGUGGCCCAAGAAGAAUUGAACAACGAUCCCUCAAUACUUCGAGGUCGACCACGAGGUAGAAGGCGAAGUCGAGCGAGACCAGCUCCGAAGACAAGUUUGUUGUUCUUAGAAAAAUCUCCUAGUUUUUGCGAAGUUGACCCUAAAAUGGACUCCGCUGGAACAUCAGGACGCGUAUGCCGUAUUGGCAGAACAUCCCGGACUGGUUCCUGUGACUUACUCUGCUGCGGGAGAGGACACGCACUCAUCAGAAAGUCCAGCAUCAAACCAUGCAACUGCACCUUCCACUGGUGCUGCAGAGUCGACUGUCAGAAAUGCCAGGACGAUAAAUGGGUUGCCAUAUGCAAAUAAAUAACCUAUAAUAUAAUAAAAUAAAAUA